AUGUCAGCUUUAUUGGAAAAAAUAAGGAAUGGAUUGAAAUCUAUGAAAAGUUAUUUGGACAGGGUUAAAGGUAUAGCUAGCUUAGUAUCAAACACUUUUAAACGAAAAAAUGAUCAAAAACCAUGUGAUGAUGAUAAAAAUGGAGACGGGAUGAAGAGACCAGAAUCAAGUACUUUGGCAUCAGCUUUUUUUCGUUUACUUGGCUUAGAUACACCAAAAAUAGCUGCUAUAACUGUUAAUAGUGCAAUAUUUCUUGCACAAAUGGUAAGCUUACUUUUCGGAAUAAAUUCUCAAACCAAACGUUCGUCAGAUCAAAAUAAUUCUAAGGAAAAAACUCUUUUUGAUCCUUUUAAAUUUUUUAUGGAAUCUGAUAAUGAAGAUAUUCAAGAUUUAGUAAGACAAGCACAAAGUUCAGAACUCCCAAAUCGAAUAAUUGAUGGGAUUGAUGAAUUUGAUGCUGCUUGUGUACGAUUGCUGAUGUGCAAAUUUGCUCCAAUAAUUUUACAUGCACAAGAAUCUUUAAAAAAUAAAACUGCUACACGCUUUGCAUGGACAACAUGGAUUCCAACAAAAAGUAUUUUUGAAGAAAAUGCAGAAUAUUGUGAAAUAAAACAUUCUGAUUGUAAAAUAUUUCCUGAAGAAAUUUUAGAUGAUUAA